AUGGCAUGCGAUUGGUUGGCACUGGCAGGAUCGCUGCAAACGAUCGAAGAUGAAGAUCCGCACUCCGAAAAGGCGAUUGUGGCAAACGCACAGCGGGAAAACGCACCGGGUUGCGUGUCGCCUGCCCAUCCGCCGGGGACGGAACCGUACAGUCCGGACGACCCGGUACGCACCGGGUACCAAGCAUUGACGCUGGCGGCCUUCCGUUCACCCGGUCUGCUCGGAACGCAUGGCUUUGGCUUCGGCAGCAAUUUCGGGUUCCGCGAUCCAUCGACGUCGUCGCCGUCCGCCGCGUACGAUACGGCCGGCCAUCCCGCCCUGCCGCCCGCAUCGCUCGCCGGUGCCGCCGGUUCACUGCUGAACCUGUCGCAGCACGCCGCAGCAGCCGCCGCCGCCGCCGCCAGCACACACUUCCGGCCAGCACAUCACACCGAGUCGGGCAGUCCGGUCAACCUGUAUCUUGGCGGUACGGGCGUAGGCUCCGUCGGCCGGGACAACACACACGACCACCAGCAGCACGGGACGGAAAGCCCGUACGGCCGAUCGUACCACGGUUCGGUGGACGGUUCGGGACUAUCGGCACUGUCCGAGCAUCUUACCGGCGGGGGGCUUUCGUCGUACGGUGCAAGCGACCCGGACAAAGCGGACCAGGACGACGAAAUCAACAUCCUGCCGGACGGAUCGCGGGGUAACAGUCCGGUCAACGGGCGGCUGAACAGUAGCAACUACGGUUCGGAGGGUAGCCCCGAGCCGGAGGGACGCGAGUCACGCUCCAAGCACCGGCGGGAAGAAUCGUGCGGCAGUCCGCUGGGCAGCGCCCGCUCGUACUCUAGUCAGACGAAGGACGGUGAGCUGGUGGGUCUGGUGGGCAGCUAUCCCCUUUCGGGCAGUCCGCACGGCGGCGAGGAUAGUGUGGGAUCGUCCCGGAGUCCGGAAAACCUUUCGCACGGGGGCAGCACCUGUGGCCAGUCGGCGGGAUCGCUUCCCAGCGGUGCAGUGAACCACAACCAUCUGGCGAAGGGCAAAACCCCGCACACGAUCUCGGACAUGCUGGACCACAAGCUGCAGCUCAGCUUCCUGGGGCCGCCGCUCGCGGCCCUUCACUCCAUGACGGAGAUGAAGGCGGCCCAGCAGCAGCACCACCACCACCACAACCAUCAAGGCCACCCCCAGUCCCACCAGGGAGCGGCUCAGGGUGCGCCCCAUUCCGGGCCGGUCAGUCCGAGCCAGCAGACGGCCGUAUCGCAGACGCAAACGCAUGCCAGCACGGCCAGCAAUCCGCACGGUAUCGAUACGAUACUGUCGCGGCCGCCGCCCGUCACCACCGCACAACUGAAUGCCUUAGGAGGCGGUAUGCCCCGCUUUACGGCGGCCGUCGCUGCGGCAGCCAACAUGGCGCAGUAUCUGUCGCAACAGAACCACGCCAACGGGCCGAUGAAGGCCCACGCCGGCCCGCUCGUCGACCGGACGCAUCUGUAUUGGCCCGGGCUGCAGGGUUUGGUCGCUAACCCGAUGGCGUGGCGAGAUCGGUUGGGUUCCAUGUCGGCCAGCCUGUCGCAGAGCCAUCACGCCCAGGACAAGGACGGCAAGAAGAAGCACACCCGGCCCACGUUCAGCGGUCAGCAGAUAUUUGCCCUCGAGAAGACGUUCGAGCAGACGAAGUACUUGGCCGGUCCGGAACGGGCCAAGCUGGCGUACGCGCUCGGUAUGACGGAGUCGCAAGUGAAGGUGUGGUUCCAGAAUCGGCGCACCAAGUGGCGCAAGAAGCAUGCGGCCGAGAUGGCCACGGCCAAGCGGAAACAGGAAGAGCUCGGCGACGGCGACGGUGACUGCAGCGAGCCGAUGGAUUCCGAUUCCGAGAGUUUGGAUCUAGUCGACACCGGAAGCAACCAGCGGAAGCGCUGCCGAAUGGAGGACGAUAUGCGGCAUUAG